ACACACACUGACAGGUAAAAUGGCUGCCGAAAACAGCUCUGAAUCUCAAGAUGAGAAAGAAGUCCUCGUAAAGACAGGUGCGAUGCAAGAGGCACAUGACAGAUGUCAGGCUGUUGCAGAGAGCUCCAAACAAAGUGAAUCUAAAUUGACGCUGUAUCACUGGACGCAGUCCUUCAACUCCCAGAAGGUGCGUUUGGCCAUAGCAGAGAAAGGUCUGCGCUGUGAGGAGUAUGAUGUGAGCCUGCCGCUGAGUGAGCACAAUGAGCCUUGGUUCAUGCGUUUGAAUCCUGCGGGCGAGGUUCCCGUCCUCGUCCACAGCGGCAACGUUAUCUGUGACCCAACACAGAUCAUGGACUACCUGGAGCAGAACUUCAAAGAUGAGGGCACCCCUAAGCUGAUCCCUGAGGAGGGCAGCAUGUACUACCACAGAGUGCAGCACUACAGAGAGCUGCUGGACUCACUGCAGAUGGACGCCUACACCCACGGCUGCAUCCUCCACCCUGAGAUCACAGUGGACUCUCACAUACCAGCCUAUGCUACCACACGCAUUCGAACGCAGAUAGGAAACACAGAGUCGGAGCUGAAGAAACUGGCAGAGCAGAACCCAGAACUUAAAGAUGCUUAUAUAGCAAAACAGAGGCGCUUGAAAUCCAAGCUAUUUGACCAUGACAAUAUGAAGUACCUGAAGAAGCUUCUGGAUGAGCUGGAGAACGUGAUGGACCAGGUCGAGACAGAACUGCAGAGGAGGGUGGAGGAAACACCAGAGGAGGGCAGCCCGUCCUGGCUGUGUGGUGAGUUCUUCAGCAUGGCUGACGUCUCGCUGGCAGUCACUUUGCACCGCCUCAAGUUCCUUGGCCUCUCCCGCCGCUACUGGGGCAACGGCAACCGCGUCAACCUGGAAACCUACUAUGCACGCGUGGUGGAGCGCCCGGCCUUCCGGAGGGUGCUGGGCCACGUCAACAACAUCCUGAUCUCGGCCGUCCUGCCCGUGGCGUUCCGCGUGGCCCGGAAGAAUGCUCCGGCUAUCUUUGGUACCACUCUGUUGAUAGGUAUUCUGGGAGGAGCCACGUACCUGGCUUUCCUCUACAUGAAGAGGAGGCUGACUGUCACCAGCUGAGGUAGCCUAGUAGAGGUUGAAGCAUUUUGGGACAGAAUGGGAGCUCUUGGAUUUGCUAGUUUGGAACCAGGAUGUAGGAAUUUAGAGAAAGAGUGAGUUUCACCAUCAGAAAUUAAACAGCACAUAGAGGCAUUUGAUGAUCCAUUACACAUUAAACAUGAGUAAUAUGUAACUGAAACAUAACUUAAUUGUCCAAGCGCAGUGGCAACUGUUCUUACUGUGUUGCUGUUGAUGCACAAAAUGCACUUUUUGUCAUCCUCAUAUGUGACUGCUGCAUUAUGUAACACCAAAUAGAUGACUUAAGCCAUUUUGAUUGUGUUUAUAAGUACUUAAAUCAUUUAAGAUGCUAUUAAGAUACAGAUUUAGCUUUAUAUAUGUUUGGUUGUAUAGUUCAAUACCCUCAAUAUUUGCAUGUUAGACAUUUAAAAAAAGUAAACUUUGUAGCUUGUAACAAAUGCAAAGUGCUUACACUCUGCUUGCUGUGUCUACCACGACUGAGCAAAAAGACCUGUUCAGCAAGUCUUCAGUCAAACUUUGACAAAUGUCCAUAUUUGUUUCUGUAGUUGUCCUCACACACAUGUUGUAUGAUUGAUAGUGUUUUGUUUGGUCAAUAGAGCUCUAUGUCACAAUAGUUUGUCUGAAUGAAUGCUGUUAGAGUCUCAUUUACAUCCUGUCCAGAUCAUGGUAUUCCACUUAUUGUCUGAAAUUAAACAGCUUUCAACGCUUU